ACUUGAGGGAGGUAUCGUACGUAACUUAAUAAUCGGAAGCGCAGUCCAAUGAAAAAAUGAGUUUCGAGGAGACGAUGGAAGUGAUAACGCUGGACGACAGCGAAGUCGACAAUAGCCUGCUGGACAGCAGUGCGGAUGUCCAGGUGAUCAAAGAGAUCCGAGAGAAUGUUCCUAACCUGUCGAUCGCCAACGAGACUGUCGUCUCCUUCGACGCCACCCUGCCUCCUGGAGUCGCACCUGAGGGCUUUCUUAUCGUUGACGAGGAAAUUACCAAAACCUCGACUGAACCCGAGGUUGCUCCUAUUUUCAGGAUCACCUUUCGUGACCCCGAGGCUUUUCAGAAUUAUCAUGAACAAAUCAAAGAUUUCUUGAAAGACUUGCUAGAAAGCCGGUAUGAUAAAGAUGAAUCUUCUGCCAAGGAUUUGGCAAUUGAAAUAUUUGACUCGGACGAAACUCCCAAUGAUUUACCAGUAGAAGGUCCAGCAGAAAAACCACCGAUUGAUUUUUACUUUACUCUUGAUUCAGAGCCUAAUGCCACGAAAGAAUUUGAUGUUCCUGCUUAUGGAAAGAAAUUUAGUAAAACUCUAGAAAAGGGAACAGCAAAAGCUACUGAAGAAAAAAAUGAGAAUUCUGCCCCAAAAAUGACAUGCUUCAACUGCUUAGGAAAUCACAGCAUGAGAGAUUGUCCAAAGCCUCGUAAUUACAAUGAAAUAACUAAAAAUAGAAAAGAUUACUAUAAUGUCAGAAGAGUGCCAUCAAACGCCAGAUAUCACACAGAUGAGGAUCAAAAGUUUGGACAUUUUGUACCAGGUCAAGUGACUCCAAAAUUGCGCAAGGCUUUGGGUAUAAAAGAUAAUGAGCUUCCUAGAUAUAUCUACAGGAUGAGAAUGCUUGGUUAUCCCCCAGGAUGGUUAGAAGAAGCAAGGUUACAGCAUUCCGGUCUGAGCUUAUUUAAUUCCAAUGGAGUCGCAGAUCAAAAUUUAGAUGAAGGUGAAAUUGUAAGCCCAGGAGACAAAGAUCAGUAUGACAUCAAGAAAAUCAUAGAUUUUCCUGGAUUUAAUGUUCCCCUUCUUGAAGGCACAAAAGAUGAAUAUAUGCAUUAUUGGGGAUCAAUAGAGCAGCUCAAUUUCAGUAAAGAAACUAUGAAGGCUCAAUUGAGCCAUAAAAAAACUGACGAUGGUUACAAAAGAAAAAAAUUUCCUAAUCCAGCUAGUUUCAAGCCCCAAGGCAACAUUAAUCCAGGAGAAAUGGAAAUUGAGUCAGUUGAAGAAACUCCAGUUGAAAGCGUACCUGUUAAAGAUCUGUUUGUACCUCCUUUACCCAAAGAAGAUGGUUCAGAAUUUCCACCUCCACCUCCACCAGAAGAUAAUGAUAGUCGAUCACAAGAGGAUACCUCCAAUAGCGAAAGUAACGCGCCAUCAUCCGGAACAGAUUCGCCGACAUUGUUUGAUUUGGAAUGUGCUAAAAAGCAAUUGUUGGCUGCACUAAACGACUCGAGUCCUCAACCAAAUCCAGUUCCUGAAAAAAUUGCUGAACCUGCAGUAGACUCGUCAAUUGAAAACGCAAAUCUAGAUUCAUCGAAAAUUGAAGAUCCUAACCCAGAUUCCUCGCAACCCGGCAGUCUGAAUACAUCAAGUAUCAAGUGCGAAACUCCAAAAGCAAGUCCAGUAACUGGCUCUGGACACAAGUCGGUCAAGUCAGUGCACAUAGGCACUCCUAUUUUACAAAGUUGUUCGCCUUACAGAAGGUUACCCACUUCAGAGAAGUUUUCGAAAAACAUUUGUGAUGUUAUUAACUUUGAAAACUUGCCAGAUUCUACUGGUAAAUACGACCAGAUGACAGAAUUACUUCAAAAAGUUCGAAGGACGUUAUCUGAUCUGCAUAACGAAUGAAAUGAAAUUCUCAUUUCAGGUGAAAAAAAGUGUAAUAUAUGAACAAGGCAUAUUGUUUCUAUUGUUGCGACUAACAUGAAAUUUUAUCGUGACAGUUUUUCGAAAUUAAAAUUUCUGUUUUUUUAUUAUCUCUUCUUCACGGAAAAAACUAAACAUUUUUUAAACCAUAGAACAUCCAUUAUCUCUUGAAUUUUACUGGAAAACAAUGUAUAUUGUAUGGAUGUGAUUGUACAUAGGAACAGUAAUUCGGGAGUUUGUAAGAAAGUAUUUAGUGUAUUUAUGUGUGCAGAUACAAUUUCUGCAAUAUUUUUUGUAUUAAAAUUUGGAACUUUUAAAAAUUACAUACAUUUCUUAUUUUGACAUUAA